AUGACCAACGUCGAGCUGUCACAACAGUCGUCGACUGCGAUCGCUAACCCGGUAAACCCAGUGGAAGAGCCUCCCAAGAAGAAGAACAAGAGAGGCCGGCCUCGUCUACAGACUUCUUCUGCAGCUCAAGCUGAGCGACGACGAGCUCAGGUGAGAGACGCUCAGAGACAGUACCGUCAGAGACGUGACAACAUUGUGCAUGAGCUCACUGCCCGUGUAGAGGCUCUAGAAAAGGUCAUUUCGUGUGUAGAGUCGUCCUUCUUCGAGUUCUACCAGCGAGGAGUCCAGGUGGCAGUGCGUGAAAGCAAUGAUGAGCUGAUGCAGCUGUUUGCGUUUGCUGGCAUUCGAAUCGGUGGGUUUGUGCGAAUGACCAAUAACACCGACCCCAGCCACAAGUUAACAGCCGACAUGGUACUCAAGUACAACGACUACGUGUCUAACCCCGUCAGCACGUUCCAGAACCACACAAUGGGCUCUUCCCCAGUGUCUUCUCGUACAGAUGACGAGUCGAUGAUGCCCUACGCACAGAACAUAAUCAAAGACCUUCCUCACGAGAUUGUGGAGUGGAUCAAGCGAAACGAGGCAGAGCAGCUGCUCGAGAUUCAGCAUCAGAAUCACUCGCCAAACUCCGAUCUCGACAUGUCCAGCCACCUGUCUCUGACCCCCGAUUCUUCCUCUCACGACAUUCCCAAGCCCACCGCCGACAUUCUUGCUCCCUUCUCUCUGACCCCCGAUGAGGUGGUCAAAAACACGUUCCCCAAGUCAGACACCCCUGGCUAUCCCCAUGAUUCCAAACCGUACGCAUCUCUGGACUCGGCAGCAACCCCUGCGAAGGUAGGAGAGGUCAUUUUGACCCAGCGAAAACAUCUGAUGGAGUCUGGGCAGGACGUAUUGGACAAUAUUCACACAUUGCAGUUCCCCGUGAUUUUGGACCGACUGUGCGAACGUAUCUUCAGACGAGCACUGUUCGAAGUGCUAACGGCGUACAUUCAGGGCAACAAGGAGAAGCUUCACAGAUUCUACGCUCAUGGUUUCCACGAAGACUUCUCUAUCCCGCGAGUCAUCACAUGUCUCAAACUUCCCAUUUCCGUGUCGGGGUCUUACUGGUCAGGUAAGGUGGAUGAAGACUCUAACUUCCCUGGGUACAUGGGCCCAGUUGCUGUGGAGAAUGAGUACCUCAAGGCCAAGGCGCAAGGAGCCAGGAUCGACGAGUCUAUUCUGAUGGACCAGUUGACUCUACACGGUGUCAAUCUCGGAGAGCUGCCCCGAUUCCGAAUAGAGCAUGUUGAGAUGGCUCUCAAGAUAGCCACGGUUCACUAA